ACGCGAAUCUUUCACCGACAAGGUCUCCAAGACCGUCAUGCCCGACAGCCAAAAGUCGACUGGCGACAAGUACAAGGACAAGGCCUCUGGUGGCAUGGACAGCGCAGCCGGAUCCAUGCAGCCCGACAGCAUGAAGUCGGACUCGCAGAAGGCUGGUGACAAGGGCGGCAGCAUGCUCGACCAAGCCAAGAAUGCACUUUCUGGCGACAACAAGUAAAGCUCUUAAGCUGCGAUUGUUACGAGUAUGAUGAUAUGAAUAUGUCAAGGCAUGUAGGGAUAGCAGCAGAUACCCACAAUGAAAUGACAAUAAGCCAUGAUCACCUUUGUAAAGUGCCUCUUCCAGUUCAAGAGAGAUCGAGUUGGUGCUUUAUG